GAGACCAGCCUGGAGAUCAAGGCAUAGCUGCACUACCUACUAGACAGAAAGAUUUCAGAAGGAGCAUUGAAGCGACUAUUCACUAUGCUAAGGCAUUGAAUUGCAACAGCUGUGGAUUACAUUGAAAAGAUCAAAAAUCCCAAUCUAAAGCUGCAGCUGGACACAUUUCAUCUGCAGAUUAUUGCCGGCGACCUGACAUCCAAUAUCAAGUGGCUUCUUCCAUAUGUUGGUCACAUACAGAUUGCUCAGGUUCCAGCCAGGCAUGAACCAGAUUCCUCUGGAGAGAUAAACUACAGCUAUGUAUUCCAACUCCUGCAGGAGCUGCAGUACAGUGGAUGGAUUGGCUGUGAAUACCAACCCUCAGGAGGAACUAUUGAUGGGUUACGCUGGUUAAAAGAUAUGGCACCUACAACCUGAGGCAGCAAAUCUACCUGUUCCAGCAAUAACAAGGAUAUGGCCACAAAUCAAAUACAUGCUGUGAUUAGAAAUAUAUGUAACCAAAUAAUCUAUACCCGCUUACACAUUUUAUAAUUAAAGCUCCAUGUUAUAUAUAUACUAAUUAGUUUAUUUGCCAGUCACUAUAUGCUUUCUGCUCACAUGUUACAAAUAUACUAGCUCUAGAACUAUACUAUAGCCCAUCGCUCCGACGAAGGCGGCCUGCGGCGGAGCCCAGGUGUAGCAAAGGCCGGCCGGGCUAUAGUUCUAGAACUAAAAAUUACGAAUGAUACAAAUCAAAUAAAUAUGUUCUGUUUGACAUAUUCAA